AUGAUGUUGUAGAAACCAACACAAGCAACAUGGAUACCCGAAGGGGCUUAGCGCUUCUUCUCAUAGCGUGCAUUGUUGGCACACACGUUGAAAAGGCGCAGGCCUUCUCUUUCUCAGACGCCAUAGGUGGAUGGUUUCAAAAGCAGCUCAUCAGAGCUUUCGUUUACGCGGCUGGCAAGCUGCGACUGGUGCCUUCAGCACUAGGAGACGCACUUGAAAAGCUGAAACAGCGGCGCUUAACCUUCGGGGACACACUGGGGGCAGACCGUCUUACGAAGCUCAAGGAGUGGACCAGUUACUCGGGCCUCUACCGCGGCAUCCCCGCCCUGGUCAACGAUGUCGUCAAGCACCGUGCUCUUGCCAUGGAGAUUUGGAGCGACUACACGACAGUGCUGCAGAAGGCGCAGCAGCGGCACCCCGAUGCUAAGGGCGGCGCGCCCGAGCUGAUGACUGAGGAGAAGGAUGAGGUGAUGAAGUGGGUGCGGCGUUCGCUGGAGAAGGCUAAGAAGUCAUUCAAGGGCGGUCCCAUCUCCCGGCUGGUCACGGAGCUGCUGGCCGAGAUCAAGGCCGACCCCAACUUCAUCAACGACCUCCUGGCCGAGCUCUUCCCCGGCUCCAUCACGCCCUCCAACGCCAUCGGUGACAGCGGCGUCGUCAAGAUGGGCGACGCAGCCUCCGCCAGCACCGGCAGCGGAGUGCAGGGCGCAGGAGCAGGCGCAGAGGGCGGCGGCGUGCAGGGCAGCUUCAGCUUCCACGUCAGUGUGUCGGGCGCGGACGGCGGGCCCCCGCCGCCCGAGUUCGCGGAGCUGCUGCGCCGCAUCCUGGAGGCCAUCGGAGAUGCCUGGAACGACGACAGCCAGCCGGCGCUGCCUGGCGGCGCCCACGCCGCCAACGGCACCACCAUUGGCGGCGCCGCCAAGAAGAGCAGCGGCAAGAAGAAGUCCUCCGGCAAGAAGAAGGCGGCCAGCAAGCCCAAGUCCGAGGCCACGGCCGCGGAGCUGUAAGCGGCAGGCACCCCGGGCUGCUGCCGAUGACGCCGAGCGAUGGCCGAGGGACUGCAAUACAUGCUGCAGGGCGCCCAAUGCCUGCGGCUGCUGCCGCUGCCGCUGCAGCAGCGGCAGCUGGCAGCCCCAACUCCUGCUUCCGGGCAGCUGGAGUCGCGCGCGAGAGCUGUGGGUUUGGCUGAUUGGCAGGCUGGUGGCUGGCUGGCAGUCGUUGGCGGGCGAGGUGGCACAUCGGGGCCCGCACGCCCCCUCUCUACGGACGUUGCAUCAAGUACGAAGAACUGCUGAAGCACAUUGUCGGACCGCACGAGCGCUGUAAAACUGUUUCAUUCAGACAAAGCUGUACUGUGCCAUGGGGUAGCACAAGCUGUUUGGGGACGCGCUUGGUGGCGCGGCUGGCAAGACUGAGGCCCUGUGCGCUGCGGGUCCUUUCUUGCCGUAC